AUGGAGAAACCACCACCGGCAUCUGUGUCGCCGCCUAAACACGCCCAUCGUCCGCCGCCGGGCCUAUGUGCCUUGCCUACCAUCUCCUACAACUCCCACCGCGGCCUCGUCCUUGGGCUUACCUUCAUCGCCUAUGCGCUCUACCACGCCUCCCGUAAGCCACCUAGCAUCGUCAAGCGUGCGCUCUCCGAGUCAUGGCCGCCCUUCUACGACCCAGCGCUCCUUGGCGAGACCGAUGUCGCAUUCCUCGCCUUCUACUCCCUUGGCAUGUUCGUUGCGGGUCACCUAGGGGAUCACCUUGACCUCCGCCUCUUCCUCACCGUCGGCAUGAUUGGGAGUGGCACUGCCGUGGCGCUCUUCGGGGUCGGGUAUUUCCUAUCCCUGCACUCCCUCGCGUUCUACCUCAUCGCUCAGGUGAUCGCAGGACUGCUCCAAUCGACCGGAUGGCCCUCGGUAGUUGCCAUCAUUGGCAACUGGUUCCAUGGCCGGAGGCGAGGCCUGCUCAUGGGCAUAUGGAAUGCGCACACUUCCAUCGGAAACAUCAGCGGCUCCUUGAUCGCCGCCGCCAUGCUACGAUAUGGUUGGGGAUGGUCGUUCAUCGUCCCGGGCCUACUCAUUGCGCUAGGUGGUGUUCUUGUGUUCUUCUUCCUCGCGCCUUACCCAGAGGACCUUGGCUUCCCUCCAACUGCGCUACCCAAGAAAAUCAAUGAGGUCAGCAUCAACGAGGAGGACAAUAACAGUGCAAACAUUGCUGGUGACAACAAGAAGGAGGACAAGAGAGAUGCUGUGGGGAUCUGGAAGGCAUUUGCCAUUCCUGGCGUGAUCACAUUCGCACUCUGCCUCUUCUUCACGAAGCUAGUCGCCUACACGUUCUUAUACUGGCUUCCCUUCUACUUGAGUGAGACAUCUAUUGGAGGCAAGAAAAUGUCAAUCACAUCUGCUGGGUAUCUCUCAACUUUGUUUGAUGUUGGUGGAAUCAUUGGUGGAAUUCUCGCAGGGUUCAUAUCCGAUCAUCUCAAUGCAAGGGCCACUACUGCAGCAAUCUUCGUGUACUUGGCGAUUCCAUCUCUUUAUGCUUUUCAUGCAUAUGGUGGUACUUCAGAAGUGGCAAACAUUGGCUUGAUGAUGAUCAAUGGCUUGUUUGUUAACGGACCUUAUGCUCUCAUAACAACUGCGGUUUCUGCUGAUCUAGGAACUCACAAAUCUCUUACGGGGGACUCUCGUGCAUUGGCCACUGUCACAGCAAUUAUCGAUGGAACAGGAUCGCUUGGUGCUGCCCUAGGUCCAUUCAUUACGGGAUUUAUUUCAAAACAUGGAUGGGAUUCAGUUUUUGCAAUGCUUAUAUUUUGUGCGCUAGCUGCUGGCAUCUUGUUGUCACGUAUUGUGAAGUCUGAAAUUGUUCAGAUCAUUCAGAACAGGAGAAGUCACACCCUUGACAUGUAUAAUAGAACUACAGAUUCUAGUGUCCGCCCUCUUUUAGGAGGAGAUACUUGAAGUCAAUGUAGUUUAUAUGCAAUGGCUUUGCGGGAUGCAAUUUUGUAAUGUUGUUAUCAUUGGGAUAUGCAACGAGAAAGGCAAACAAGAUCAAUCUUACUAUCUUAGUUCCUAUAUAUUUGUGCUUACGAGCAACAUGAUUAUUAUGGCAUUUGUAGCAUUUGUGGUCAGAGGAAAAUAUGGUUCAUCCAUGGGGACAUUUUUUCGAUAUGCAAAUAUGUUAUAUGGUUCAUCCAUGGGGACAUUUUUUCGAUAUGCAAAUAUGUUGUACUAACCAAUUUUUUUCGUAUCGCAAUGCACUCUCGGUGCUAGAUGAACAUAGAUAUAGACUAAUAUGUGCCUUUUCCAAGUACCGGUCUUGAAGUUGUAUACACAAUGUUACUGCUUUUGAAUCACAACAUUGGUGAAGCAAGAUCCUGAUGACAAUUUUGCAUCUCUACAUAUGUAUUAAAUACUUCAUAGUGCAUUAAGAAUUAUAUUUUAGGUUAGCACUCUAAAGUCCUAGCUUUUUGUUGCUAUCUUGCCAGUGAAUUUGUUCUAAAUGGGAAAUGCGAUGCACAAAA